AAAUCGAAACUUUGAAUAGAAAUGAAAGUAAUACCAGGGUAAUACCAGGUUUCUGGGUUGGACAGGCUGUGGCAGUAGUACUGACAGAUAGAGUUUGCUGUCCAAAGGUCUUCUGCAUACUGACAAGUCCGUCUUUCCAUUCAAGAAUUCUUUGAGUUGGGUUGUAGCUGCUCUACCGGAUGAAUUUCGUAGCACAGCUAAACGAGUAUGGACAGAAGACACGGGUAUCAGUCCAGUAUGAGGAGGUUGACGUCUCCGGUCCGGACCACAUUAGAACAUUCACAAUUAAGGCUUCAGUGGACGGCACGCCAUAUCCAGAAGGAGUUGGGAAAAAUAAGAAAGAGGCCAAAGAAAGUGCUGCACAAAAGGCCUUGGAAAAGUUGCUGAAAACAGAGAUCAAUGGUUCUACUACUCCAUCAACAUCACAGACAUCAGAAAUUCCAACUAGCAUCAAACAACCCAAUUACCAGUGCUGGCUCAAUGAACACAGUCACAAGACGAGAGUGAACUUCACACCUGUUGAAUCCACAAGAGUGUGCUCUAUUAGUGCGCCACACUGCUGCAGAUAUGAGUCUAGUGAUGGGAAAUCCUACCCUGAGGCGCUUGGAAAAAAUAAAAAGGAGGCAAAGGAAGAGGCUGCACGGCUGGUUUACGUGGAGAUUUUAAGAGAGCAAGGGGUUAUCGAGAGCAGUUCCAAUGGAAACACAUCCAGACAGCAUGAGCAAUCCAGUCGUAACGUCUCCCCUCCAAGUAACGCAAUGGAACAGCAGAGGUCAACGCCAACCAGAGAUCUCAGGACUGACGCGCCACAGAAUUUCAUCGGCGAAAUAAAUCAUUAUUGUCAACAGCGUAAACUGACACAUGAUUACAAGCUGGUGGACCGAAGAGGUCAAUCUCACAUACCCGAGUUUGUUUACAAAGUAGUAAUAGAUAAGCGUGAGUAUCCAGAGGGACGCGGCAAGACAGCAAAAGAGGCGAAGCAGCAGGCAGCCCAGCUGGCGUGGAAUGCAAUUCAGGAGGCGUCUCAGUCAGACAGUCUGGAACUCAGCAAGUUAAGGCUGUCUGAAGAUGAUUCACCCUCUCCAACUCCGGAGACUUUGGAAUCCCAGGAUAUGGAUGCCUUAAGAAGCAAUGCUACAAGUGAAAGUGACUCCAUUGUCUUCAAAGAUUCUUCUAAAGACGUCUCAAAUGCACAAGUGGCACCGCAGUCUCCAGCACAAAACAAGCCUAAAAUACUACUAGCUCCGAAUUUCAACAACUUUCCAAAUAAAAAGAAAUCCUUAAAUGUUCCAAAGAAUCCUGCUGGUCAGGCAACUAAGUCCAGAUUUGAAGAGGAAUUUGACUCAAUAGAGGAUAUAGGAAAGGGAGGAUUCGGACGGGUUUUCAGGGCAAGAAAUAAAUGUGAUGAGACAAAUUAUGCUGUGAAGAUCGUAAAGUCUACAGAGAAAGCUUCACGAGAGGUGAAAGCUCUGGCAAAGCUGCAACACCCACACAUAGUGCGCUACCAGCACUGUUGGAUUGAGAAGACCGCAUACAGACAUGAGGGCUCUGACAGUUCCAACACGUCCACGUCAGGAAGCGACCCUGCCAUGGAGUACCUCUACAUCAAGAUGGAGUGGUGCGAGGGUAACACUCUCUUGACGUGGAUCGAUGAGAAGAACACACAACAGGACCCACACAGGCGGCAGGCAGCCCAAGACAUCGUCACACAGAUUGUGGACGCAGUAGUCUACAUUCACUCUAAAUCCCUCAUCCACCGUGACUUAAAACCUGCAAACAUCAUGUUUGGAAAAGACCGUAAGACCGUCAAGAUAGGCGACUUCGGCCUCGUGACUGUUGCAGACCAUGAUGAUGAGGACACAAUGAUGGAGCGGACAAAGCGCACUGGCACAAAGUCUUACAUGAGCCCCGAACAGAAUCAGUCCAAGUAUGAUCACAAAGUGGACAUCUUUGCUUUGGGGCUCAUCUAUUUCGAGCUCAUUUGGUUUAUGAACACAAAGUCUGAAAGGAGAAAGAUUUGGGAUGAUGUUAGAGAACUGAAUUUUCCAAAGGAAUUCAGCGACCAGUUCUGCUUUGAACACGAGCUAAUCAAGGAAAUGCUAUGUGAUAAACCUGCGGGCAGGCCUGAUGCCAAAGACCUGGCCCCCAAACUGAAGAAGUUUACAUCCGUCCUAGACCAGAACGGCAAUGAAAGAAAUGCAACUGUAUGAACUGCUGUCAUAGCACUUCAAUGACUCAGCCAGUAACAAGAAAAUGGUUUUACAGGAGGUUUAGUUUUGCCCUUGUACUUUUUUUUCUUCGCAUUUUCGCUGUAAUAUUUUACCAUCAUGGUGUGAAGGAAUCUGUAAAUCAUGCAUGAAUUUCUGUAUUAAUUAACAAAUCCAUAACCACUGAUUUUUAAAACAAUACUCGGCAAGGUUUGCACUUUCAUCCUCUCAAUAAAUCAUGUGGGAAAAGGCCAUACAAAGCCACGAAGAGGGUUUUUAGCACAGUACUUAGCAACUGACUUGUAUUUUCCUAUAGUGUAAUGGUCACCAGGAAAUCAGUUUUCUUUGUCGUUGUCAAAUCAAGAACACUUUGUUUUGUCUUCAAUUAUCACGCAUCAAAUGUAAAUAUUCCCAGGAGGCCCAGUAAUAUGGACUAAUGCCUAUUUUUCAACGUGAACUAAAUUGAAGUAAGGUUUUAAUGCCACCUGAGUGUAGAUAUUGAUUUGAAGAAAACACACUGGUUUUACUGCAAUAAACUCUGGAUAGGUUGUGACAACUUUUCUUGGAAAGAUUGAACCUGUUAUGAUUUGAACCCCAGCUCAAAUGUCAUUGUGUCCUAUUACUAAUUAAAAAAUAAAUUAAUGAAUAAAAUAAAACAAUCCUGUUGACAUUG